AUGUCGGCCCCUCCACGCCGCCCUGUACCAAUACCAUCCAAUAAUUUGUUCAGAGAAGAUUCCUCGUCUUCGUCAGAUAGUGAGAUAAUUAUUCCACAAAACAACGAAGUGGACAUUGUAAAAGCUGGAAGUGAUAGCGAUGUCGAUGAACCUUUUGAUCGGCCCGUUCCACGACUGGUGUCUGAAGAAUCGACCCCAGUGGAAAUCAUCCAGACGGAAGAUGAUCGCUGGGGCGAAGAGCCGCCUAACAGACACCUACGAAAUCGAAGGGUCUCUUAUGGAAAAAUUCCCGUCCCUCCGCAAACAAUGACAGCCGAAGACAUUCAGGAAGCUGCUAAAAAGAGCAGAGAGGAGCAGGGAAAUGUGGCACAAGAAGUUCGCAGACCAGUGGACCCAAGAAGGUCCUCAGUCAGUUUGGAUGUUUUCAAAAGUUUUCGGGACCCUCAUGACAGGAAGAACAUGCCAGCAAAGGAUAAGACCAUCUAUGUUGAAGGAGCAAAUGGAAGUUUUCGUGAAAUGAAGAAAGGGCUAUUUUGGGACACUAAAGAGCCAGUGAAAUCGAAGCGUGAAGAAAAGAAAGAGGAAGACUCAAUCAUCCCUCACAUUCUAAAAGCUCCAGGCCAGGCGUUCCGAGCCCAGCGAGCAUAUAAUCAGGUUGCCAAUAUUGUGCAAGGAUUCUUAGCCGGUGUGACAGUGAUGCUUUCUAUAUUUUCAUUCAAUCUCGAUGCCUACGUAUUGCUGAGUGGAUACCGUUAUUUGAGUCUUCCAAUCCAUGCUGCAUUUAUGUGCGCGUUCACUAUAAGUUUCGUAUCGGCGAUUGAUAGAACUGGAAUCUAUGAAGUUGAACAUUUUACUUCCAAAUCUAGGCUGUAUGCUACAGUUUACAACAAUGGACUUUUUACAUUUGUCGUAUGGUUCGUUGGGUUGAUAUCAACUCUUCUUUGUAUCCAACUGGAAAGUCAGUUGGCAUUUGCGCCGACGAAAAUCCCAUCAGAUGCUCUUGUCCGCCGCUGGAGAAUCUACAGCGUAUUCAGAGCGGUUACUGCUGCACUUGGCUUUUUAAUUCUGGCAUUCAAACCCGAUUCUGAUACGAUGGCCAAAGAAUUGAGAAAAGCGAUAUCUGAUCAAAUGGAAUUGGUGACACAUGAUCCUGAUAGGAAGAACAUUAUACUGACAGCCAUGAAAAUUUGA